GUUUCUCGUUUUCAAUACAACGAUGAUAUGAUGAAAUCGAAAUCGACAUUUUAUUCAAUUAAUUUACAUGACAAACAAUUGUGUCUGUUUUUUACGUCUGUUUCGAACGAUUGAUCAAAAAAUCAGUAACAGCAUAAAAAAUGUUUGAUUCGUUUACAAAACGAUAUCCAUUUUCAUCAUCAUCAUCAUCAUCUAAUAAUACAUCCACAUCGAUAUCGAAACGAAAAUCAUAUUCAAAAACAACAACAACGACGACGACGACGACGAAAAUCAAUGAAAAUAAUCAUCAAUCAUUAUUGUCGGUGGAUAAUUAUCGCCGUACCGAUAUUGAUGAACAACGACAACAACAGAAACAGCAGCAGCAGCAACAACAACAACAACAACAAAACGAACUAGUCAAAAAUUUAGAUUUACGUACUACCGGUGCACGUCCAUUGAAUCAACAAGAAAAUGAACAGGAAAAACUACGACAACAGAAAGGAUCAUUACAUUGUAAAGUGAUAUUAUUGGAUGGUACUGAUAUGACAUUAUAUAUGAGAAAAAAAAGUUUUGGUGAAGAAUUAUUUAGCCGUGUUUGUGAUCAUAUUGGUUUAUAUGUUGAAUCAGAUUAUUUUGCCUUACAAUAUACUGAUACAAAUUCUCAACUACAUUGGUUAGAUAAUACAAAAGAAUUACGUAAACAGGUGAAAAUUGGUCCACCAUAUACAUUUCGUUUUAAAGUGAAAUUUUAUUGUUCCGAUCCAAAUACAUUACGUGAUGAAUAUAGCCGAUAUCUAUUCUUUUUACAGCUAAAACAAGAUGUAUUAAGCGGAAAAUUACCAUGCACCGAAGAAGUAGCGGCAACAUUAGCCUCAUUUUCAUUACAAUCAGAAUUUGGUGAUUGUGAAAAUGAUGAACAUGAUCUCGUAUUUGUUUCGGAAUUUCGUUUUAUGCCAGGCCAAACCGAACAAUUGGAACAACAAAUAUUGGAUGAAUGGCGUUCAUUACGGCCAAUAUUACCGGAUGAUGUUGCUGAAAAUAAAAAAGAAUCAUUAAAAGCUGCAUUAUCAAUGGAUUCAGCAACAGCUGAAUCUAAUUAUCUAAAUAAAGCUAAAUGGCUUGAAAUGUAUGGUGUCGAUAUGCAUACCGUUCUUGGUAAAGAUGGUAAUGAAUAUAGUUUAGGAUUGACGCCCACCGGUAUAUUAGUGUUUGAAGGUAAAACAAAAAUUGGCCUAUUUUUUUGGCCUAAAAUCAAAAAACUUGAUCUACGCGGAAAGAAAUUGAUAUUGGUCGUUGUAGAGGAUGAUGAUGAUGGCCAUGAUGAGGAGCACACCUUUGUUUUUCGUUUGCAUACAUCAAAAACAUCGAAACAUUUAUGGAAAUGUGCUAUUGAACAUCAUGCAUUUUUUCGACUAAAAUCUCAACCACAAUUUGAACGUGGUAAAACAAGACAAAGUUUCGUACGAAUGGGUUCACGUUUUCGUUAUUCCGGUCGAACACAAUUUCAGGCAAUCAUACAGCAACAGAAAACAGCACAACAAGAAAGUAAACGUAAUUUUGAACGACGGCCAUCACAAAGGUUUAGUCGUCGUUCAGUUAAAUCGAUUCAUGGUGCCAAUGCUGCUGCUAUUGCAACUGGUACCAGUAUACCAGCUAAUUCAUCGACAAAUUUCACCAUUACAAGUCCAUCGAUAAUGAAUAAAACUUCUAUGGCCAUUAAUAGUCCAUUGGUCAAAUCGGUUGUUAUUGGUUCAAAAAUGAUGGAACAAUCAAAUAGUCAGACAUCGGAUAAAUGUCAUAAUGCUAAUAAUAAUAGUAAAAUCUUGACAUCUACAACAACAACAACAACGACAACGACAAUGACGAAUAAUAAAUCAAUAGCAGCCACAUCGGAUACAUCGAUUCCAUCGACAUCAUCAUCGUUGGCGUACGAACAAACAUCACCAGAACAACGUCUUGAUAGCCUGAUUAAAUCACUAUCAAAAGCCGAUCCUAUUGUCAAUACUAGCAAUAAUAGUGUUGAACAAAAGACUGAAAUAAUGGUCAAUAUUUCCAAUGAUCAUCAUUUUAAUCAUUCAGAUUUUGAUGACGGAGAUGAUGAAGAGGAAUUUGGCAGACGAUAUUCUAAACGAACAAACAUUACGAAUGUUGUUAAGAAUUUAAAUUCGAACGCUAAUCACAAUAGCAGCAAUAAUAAUAAUGGUCUCAUUUUGAAACAAAAAAUGACAAACAUGGAUGCUAUGAAUAAUAAUGUACGACUGGUGAGCAGCAACAACAACACAACGACAACAUUAAAUACAUCCACAACAACAACGACAUCAAAUACAUCUCAACGACAAAUAAAUAAUUCAAAUUCAAUCACCUGUAAUAAAGCAAAAUGUAACAUUUUAAAAGCAAAAGAGUUACAGAAAGAACAUGUUUUUGUUGAUGGCGGUGGUGGUGGUGCUGCUGCUGCUGAUGAUAUAUGUGCUACUUGUAAUGGCGUAGGAUUAAAUGAUUCACAACAAUCAUCAACGGCAAAAAUUUCACUUAAUGGUUUCAACAACAAUAACAACCAUAAUAAUAACAAUCGUAACAUUGGAAAUGGUAGCACGACAACAACAUCAUUUGGACAAAAAAUUCAGACAAGCCUAGAUGAUUCAUUUGAAUCAUCUAGAUCCAAUGAUGAUGAUAAUAAUAAUGGUGAUCCAACAGGUGGCCGUGUAUCAAGCUCUGAAAAUGAGACAAUUAUCAAUGAAGAUGAUGAAGAGGAUAUGAUACCAUUGAUUAAUCGUCCAGAUGAGAAUAAUAUAACAAUCAUACCGGUUAAUAGUGGUGCUGAUCAUGUUCAUAAUAUAACCGGCACAGCCUUAAAUAACAAUAGAAAUGAUAAUCGUAUGAUGACAACAAUGACAACGACUAAUCAUUCAUCACGUCAAUGGAAAAAUAUUAAUAAUAAUAAUAAUAAUAACUGUGAUCAACAACAACAACAAUCGAUUAUCGUACAUAAGGCUACUAAAUCAUUGGAUAGUGGUUCAAUUGUGGCACAAAGUAAUCUAUUAAAAAAUAGUAAUAGUUUUACAAAUAAUUCCAAUACAAAUGGUGGCCGUAAUGGUGGUGGUGGAUUCUGUCCAAAAUAUCCUAAUGGAGGAAGUAGUGGCCUUAGUAGUGGCAGUACAAGUAGUAGUCAAAGUAAUCUUCAACCAUCAGAUGAUUCAUCAUGUCGUGAAUCAUUGUCACCAUCACCAGUUCUUGUUGAAACAUCAUUUGCCUGUGCAAAUCCGAUUACUAGAUCGGUUUCUGUUCUCAAUAAUAACAAUAAUAAUAGCGGAACUACCGGUCCAGGAAUCCAUAAUUCUAAUGGUGGAAUCAACAAUAAUAACAACAACAACAACAAUAAUAAUAUUAAUAAUAAUAAUAACUCACCAUAUAUUGUUUCAGCAACCUGUGAUUCAAUGAAACGUAGUACAUCAAUGAAUAAUCAUCAUCAUCAUCAUAAUCACCACCAUAAUCAUCAUCAAACGGCCAAUAAACGAACAGUAAUGACUACAGAAUUAUAGAAUAGAAUCGAUUUUAUAAUUCUACAUUAUUCAAAGUGAUAUUUUUGUGUGUGUGUUUUUGUUUGUAUAUUUUUGUCCAUAUAAUUUUGUCAUUUUGACCAAAAGCAAUCAGUGUUUGUAUUGCAUCUUAUAUAUGAUGAAUUCUAAUGUUAAAUUUUUUUUCUUUUAAAAUAGUCUAAACAUUACUAUGCCAUGAAUUCA